AUGGCUGCAAUAGAGCUGGCUCAGGAGCCGGUGACUUUCGAGGAGGUGGCUGUGUAUUUCACCAGGGAAGAGUGGGCUCUGCUGGACCUCACUCAGAGAGCCCUCUACAGGGAUGUCAUCCAGGAGAACUAUGAAACGGUGGUCUUUCUGGGGUUUCCAGUUUCCAAACCUGAGGUGAUCUCGCAGAUGGAACAAGGGGAAGAGCCGUGGGUCCCAGACCUCCAGGGCUCUGAGAAAGAAGUGCUCCCGAGAGCUGCCUACACAGGGAGUGACCGAUGUCUGGAUUCUCUCUGUCUCCCAUCAGGUGAUGGGAUGAUGAGUGAGAAUGAGGAGGAGAAACCCCAGCAGAAAGAUGCUGAGCAAGUGGAACCACAUGGAACGUUAUCAGGAAGAUCCAAAGGGAAUGUUUCCGGGAGUUGUGCACUCCAAGAAAAAGCAAAUUCUUGUGAGACUCAAGAGAGGCCAGAGGAAAACUUCAGUAGCCACUCAGAUCUUAUAACAAGUGACAGAAUCAACUUGGAAGAGACACGCUGCACAUGCAAUGAAUGCAAGAAAAGCUUCAAUUGGAGCUCUGCCCUUAUCACACAUGAGACAAUCCACGCAGGGGAGACGCCCUACACAUGCUCUGAGUGUGGGAAAAGGUUCAAUAGGCGCUCAAACCUUAUCAGACAUCAGAGAAUCCACAUAGGAGAGAAACCCUACACGUGCUCUGAGUGUGGGAAACGCUUCAAUCGGAGCUCACACCUUAUCAGACAUCAGACAAUCCACACAGGUGAGAAACCUUAUGGCUGCUCUGAGUGUGGGAAAUGCUUCAUUAAUAGUUCAGCCCUCAUUUCACAUCAGCGAAUCCACACAGGAGAGAGGCCGUACACAUGCUCUGAGUGUGGGAGAAGCUUUAGUCGGCACUCAAACCUUAUCACACAUCGUAGAAUCCACACAGGAGAGAUGCCCUACACGUGCUCUGAGUGCGGGAAAAGCUUCAGUUGGAGUUCACACCUUAUCACGCAUAGGAGAAUCCACUCGGGGGAGAAACCUUAUGGAUGCUCUGAGUGUGGGAAACGCUUCAAUCGGAGCUCUGCCCUUAUCACACAUAGGAGAAUCCACUCGGGGGAGAAACCUUAUGGAUGCUCUGAGUGUGGGAAAUGCUUCACUGAUAGUUCAGCCCUCAUCUCACAUCAGCGAAUCCACACAGGAGAGAGGCCGUACACAUGCUCUGAGUGUGGGAAAAGCUUUAGUCGGCACUCAAACCUUAUCACACAUCGUAGAAUCCACACAGGAGAGACGCCCUACACGUGCUCUGAGUGUGGGAAAAGCUUUAAUCAGCAUUCACAGCUUAUCACACAUCGUAGAAUCCACACAGGAGAGACGCCCUACACGUGCUCUGAGUGUGGGAAACGCUUCAAUCGGAGCUCUGCCCUUAUCACACAUAGGAGAAUCCACUCGGGGGAGAAACCUUAUGGAUGCUCUGAGUGUGGGAAAUGCUUCACCGAUAGUUCAGCCCUCAUCUCACAUCAGCGAAUCCACACAGGAGAGAGGCCGUACACAUGCUCUGAGUGUGGGAAAAGCUUUAGUCGGCACUCAAACCUUAUCACACAUCGUAGAAUCCACACAGGAGAGACGCCCUACACGUGCUCUGAGUGUGGGAAAAGCUUUAAUCAGCACUCACAGCUUAUCACACAUCGUAGAAUCCACACAGGAGAGAUGCCCUACAGGUGCUCUGAGUGUGGGAAACGCUUCAAUCGGAGCUCACACCUUAUCACACAUAGGAGAAUCCACUCGGGGGAGAAACCUUAUGGAUGCUCUGAGUGUGGAAAACGCUUCACUGACAGUUCAACCCUCAUCUCACAUCAGCGAAUCCACACAGGAGAGACGUCCUACACAUGCUCUGAGUGUGGGAAACGCUUCAAUCGGAGCUCAAACCUUAUUAAACAUCAGACAAUCCACAUGAGAGAGAACUGUAAUAAAUGCCUUGAUUAGGG